GUGACUGUCUUCCUGACUAGCCAGGUUCCGCCAUUUUCUACUCAAGAUUGAAAGUAACACCAGUCCAGUAUUGUUCGUCCUAAAAAUAAACUACAUCUGAGAUACUGAAAACAAGUUUUGAUAGCACUCCUUCCGGCAUUCAAGAAUGGAAGACGAGAGCCACCCCAAAACCCUCUAUGUGGGGAAUCUUUCAAGAGAUGUAACAGAGAACUUGAUCCUUCAGUUGUUUACUCAGAUUGGGCCAUGUAAAAGUUGUAAAAUGAUAACCGAGCAGUCCGAUAGCAGCAGGAAGGUGAACUCUAUUGGAUUUUCUGUUUUGCAGCAUACUAGCAAUGAUCCGUAUUGCUUUGUGGAGUUCUUUGAACACAGAGAUGCCGCAGCUGCUUUGGCGGCCAUGAACGGAAGGAAGAUUUUGGGAAAGGAAGUCAAGGUAAAUUGGGCGACCACUCCUAGCAGUCAGAAGAAAGACACAUCCAAUCACUUUCAUGUUUUUGUGGGAGAUUUGAGCCCUGAGAUCACAACCGAUGACAUCAGAGCUGCAUUUGCACCCUUUGGGAAAAUCUCGGAUGCACGAGUGGUGAAGGAUAUGACAACAGGGAAAUCAAAGGGGUAUGGAUUUGUGUCCUUCUAUAACAAACUGGAUGCUGAGAAUGCCAUAGUACACAUGGGGGGUCAAUGGCUUGGUGGACGGCAAAUCCGGACUAACUGGGCAACUCGCAAACCUCCAGCCCCCAAGAGUGUGCAAGACAACAGCUCCAAGCAGCUGAGAUUUGAUGAGGUGGUGAACCAGUCGAGUCCUCAGAACUGCACCGUGUACUGCGGUGGCAUUCAGUCAGGUCUCACAGAACACCUUAUGCGACAGACGUUUUCUCCUUUCGGGCAGAUAAUGGAGAUCAGAGUUUUUCCAGAGAAGGGUUAUUCUUUUGUCAGGUUCUCCUCUCAUGAAAGUGCUGCUCAUGCCAUCGUCUCAGUGAAUGGAACCACCAUCGAAGGUCAUGUUGUGAAGUGCUACUGGGGCAAAGAGUCACCUGACAUGGCCAAAAAUGUCCAGCCGAUGGAGUACGGUCAGUGGGGACACUGGAAUCAAGUGUACAGCAAUCCUCAACAAUACGGUCAGUACAUGACGAACGGCUGGCAAGUGGGCUGGCAAACAUGGAAUCAGCAAGGAUUUGGUGUAGAACAAUCACAGUCCCCGGCCUGGGUGGGAGGUUUUGGGACGCAACCCUCUCAGGCUCAGCCUGGCCCAGUGAUGAACCAGGCUAACUUUGGCAUGGCUGGAUACCAGACGCAGUGAUCUGACCUUGGUUCUUCAUAACACACGGCUCUCACUUCUUUAGAUCCUGCUCUCAUAGGGAGGGUUGCUAAAGACUGAUAGGUGCACAUCAUCUUUUUCCCUACAAGCUUUGGAUCUGAAGCAGGAAUUGCUUUAUUGUAAAGAUUCAAAUUUAGAUUAAAGAGGCAAUUGAGAUAAGCUCCUUCAAUGGAAAUCUGAAAUCAUUCACAAGAAUUGUUCCUGUUUUAGUGGAAUUGGAGAAGAUGUAUUGUAUCGCUUGCCCCCCGCCCUUUUUUUACUGCAUAUCUUGAGGAAAACUGCUGAUCUUUCCCUUAAAUCCCAGCUUCAGGAACUUCACAGGUACAUUGCAGAAAGCCCGUGGUGUAAAUGGUUUUUUGAACUAAGUAUUUUCUUUUUGUUUUUUUCUCUCUUCCUAAAUAGCUGAUCAUGCAUUUGCUUGUUCAUUACAGUAUGGAUUUUGUACAAAAACACAUCAAACAGCAGAAAAGAAAAAAAAAAAACAUUUCAUUCUGCAUUCUGACUUGGCAAACAAAUGUAAGUAAAGGCACUUUUUGGGGGUUCAUUGGACCUGUGUCUUGUAAAUGUUGACGUGUAAAUGAAUUUCUAUGUGCAGUGGUGUGUAUAUAUAAUCCACAUUAGCUCCCAGUUCUCCUCCAAUACUAGAGCUCUUUGAUACCGUGUGUAAAAUGUAUCUUUUUACUCCAAUUUACAGACAGUGAAAUCUCUCCCGUUCACUAUGGAGAAAGGGCCAUAAUGGCCAUACCUGUAAAUAUCUUUUGAUAUCUUGGCCUGGAAUAAGGGUUUCAAAGCAUGCACUCUACUUGACGACUUUUGCAGAACAAAAGCAGCGUAGCGUAUGUUAGACAAACGUUACAUGUGACUGACAUUUACAAGCAAGCCUUAAUUUUUGCUCAGUCACAUAUACUUCAGUUGAACACUUUGAGACCCUCGUAGAGAGCUGUGUGAUUUAUCUUGGAGCCUACUGUAAAUUUGUCCCUUUGCUGUUUUAACAAAUAUGCGUGCCAUUUUUGAGUAGCCAGAAAAAAGGAUGGAUUUUUAUUCCCCCUGGGGAUGUUAAGAAAUUGCAUGUUUCAAACCAUAAUAUUGAGGUUGCUCAAAGCAUUGAAUGUAAAAGGCAGAAACGUUUUAAUACAAUUUAGCAUUUCGAGUUUUCUUUUUAGUCUAAAUGAGUCUCAAUAAAUGAACCAUUGGACAAGAAA